ACCGUAGAAUCUCCUCGGCGAUUUGACGCAUAGAAAUAAUACAAGGCUCUGCACCAUUUUGCUGUUACCCAAAUUAAAAUUUUCAUACAGUAAACGAAAAUAAAAGGCUUAGGAAUGAAUACCGCACAACUAGAUGCUGCCCAGCAGGCGAAGCUACAGCUGAUGCAAGAGAUGGAAAUUGAGAUGAUGUCCGAUCUGUACACCCGGAUGACUCAGGCGUGCCACAAAAAGUGCAUUCCUCCUAAGUACGCUGACGCAGAGCUUGGGAAAGGCGAAUCCGUCUGUCUUGAUCGCUGUGUGGCCAAGUAUCUUGAGAUCCACGAACGGAUAGGAAAGAAAUUGACUGCUAUGUCUGCCCAAGAUGAGGAUCUUAAGAAGAAGAUGGGUGUUUAGAAACAAGUUCGGAUAGUAUAGUUUAAAGCGCAGCCAGGAGUCAAAGUUGUCUCGGUAUGCUCGUUAGCUUAGAAUAACCAGAAUCGUAAAACUAAUUUUCCUUGGUGUAGAAGGCAUUACUUGAAUUAUUUUGCAGAAAAGUUAAAUUACUCAUGCGCCAUGGCGGGUACCAUAAGUUUUAUUAUGUAUGUGGAUCGCUUGGCGGAGGAUAUUUAAUGUUGAAAAAUAUUGAAAAUAAAUUAGCCUUGUACAUGUUUGUGUAAAA